UGAGCUCUGCGCAAUGAGAACUGCAGGUAGUCCGCCAUUGCUGCAUGAAGAACUAUCGGAUUUGGUGUUCGGCUGUCAACAAUAAACUUGCGGUGCCGGGACGCGGAGCUACGAGGUCGAGUGAAAGCUCGUCGGCUGCUCCAUAAACCAGUAGUCACCCCCGUCCCUCCCUGGACAUCACUUUUAAUGUGAAUACAAAGCCCACGGACGAGGCAACCAUGUCCAAUCUCAGCAAAGGCGGCACCAAGAAGGACACCAAAAUGAGGAUACGGGCCUUUCCUAUGACAAUGGAUGAGAAGUAUGUCAACAACAUCUGGGACCUUCUGAAGAAUGCCAUCCAGGAGAUACAGAGGAAGAAUAACAGUGGCCUGAGCUUUGAGGAACUGUACAGGAAUGCCUACACGAUGGUGCUCCACAAACAUGGAGAGAAGCUGUACACGGGCCUGCGGGAGGUCGUCACUGAACACCUUAUCAACAAAGUACGAGAAGAUGUCCUCAACUCCCUAAACAAUAACUUCCUCCAAACCCUAAAUCAGGCGUGGAAUGACCAUCAGACAGCGAUGGUGAUGAUCAGAGACAUCCUGAUGUAUAUGGACCGGGUGUAUGUACAGCAGAACAAUGUAGAGAACGUCUAUAACCUGGGCCUCAUCAUCUUUAGGGAUCAGGUGGUUCGCUACGGCUGCAUCAGAGACCAUCUCCGACAGACCCUGCUAGACAUGAUCGCACGCGAGAGGAAGGGGGAGGUGGUGGACAGGGGGGCCAUUAGAAACGCCUGCCAAAUGUUAAUGAUCCUCGGCCUUGAGGGGAGAUCUGUUUAUGAAGAAGACUUUGAGGCUCCAUUCUUAGAAAUGUCUGCUGAAUUUUUUCAGAUGGAGAGCCAAAAGUUCCUUGCAGAAAACAGUGCCAGUGUGUACAUAAAGAAGGUGGAAGCCAGGAUUAAUGAGGAGAUUGAGCGAGUGAUGCACUGCCUGGAUAAGUCUACAGAGGAGCCUAUUGUUAAGGUGGUGGAAAGGGAACUCAUCUCCAAACACAUGAAAACCAUUGUAGAGAUGGAGAACUCAGGCUUGGUCCACAUGCUCAAGAAUGGCAAAACAGACGAUUUGGCGUGCAUGUACAAGCUGUUCAGCAGGGUUCCCAAUGGGCUGAAGACCAUGUGUGAGUGUAUGAGCUCAUAUCUGCGGGAGCAAGGCAAGGCGCUCGUGUCAGAGGAGGGAGAGGGAAAAAACCCUGUAGACUACAUCCAGGGUUUGCUGGACCUGAAGUCCCGUUUCGACCGUUUCCUCCAGGAGUCUUUCAAUAAUGACAGACUCUUCAAACAAACUAUUGCUGGCGACUUUGAAUACUUCCUUAAUCUCAACUCCCGCUCGCCCGAGUACCUCUCACUCUUUAUUGAUGACAAACUGAAGAAAGGAGUAAAAGGGCUGACAGAGCAGGAGGUGGAGUCUAUACUGGACAAGGCCAUGGUGCUUUUCCGCUUCAUGCAGGAGAAGGACGUGUUUGAGAGGUACUACAAGCAGCACCUGGCCCGAAGGCUGCUCACCAACAAGAGUGUCUCUGAUGACUCUGAGAAAAACAUGAUCUCAAAGCUCAAGACCGAGUGUGGCUGUCAGUUCACCUCUAAACUGGAGGGCAUGUUCCGGGAUAUGAGCAUCUCCAACACCACCAUGGAUGAGUUUAGACAACAUCUACAGACAACUGGGGUGUCACUUGGAGGGGUUGAUCUCACUGUGAGAGUCCUGACCACAGGAUACUGGCCAACACAAUCAGCAACACCCAAGUGCAAUAUCCCUCCUUCACCGCGACAUGCAUUUGAAGUCUUUAGGAGGUUUUAUCUUGGUAAGCACAGCGGCAGACAACUCACACUGCAGCACCAUAUGGGCUCUGCAGAUCUAAAUGCCACCUUCUACGGCCCCAUCAAAAAGGAGGAUGGGUCAGAGGUUGGAGUGGGAGGAGCCCAGGUGACAGGCUCCAACACCAGGAAGCACAUCCUGCAGGUUUCUACCUUCCAGAUGACCAUCCUCAUGCUUUUCAAUAACAGAGAGAAGUCCACCUUUGAGGAGAUCCAGCAGGAGACGGACAUCCCAGAGAGGGAACUGGUGCGAGCGCUGCAGUCGCUGGCCUGUGGGAAACCCACUCAGAGAGUCCUCACCAAGGAGCCAAAGUCCAAGGAGAUUGAGAAUGGCCAUGUGUUUACAGUCAAUGACCAGUUUACCUCCAAACUGCACCGUGUCAAGAUCCAGACAGUGGCUGCUAAACAGGGGGAGUCAGACCCAGAGAGGAAGGAGACACGACAGAAAGUGGACGACGACAGGAAGCAUGAGAUCGAAGCUGCCAUUGUUCGCAUCAUGAAGUCUAGAAAGAAGAUGCAGCACAAUGUCCUAGUAGCAGAGGUCACACAGCAGUUGCGAGCGCGAUUCCUUCCUAGUCCUGUAGUCAUCAAGAAGCGCAUUGAAGGACUCAUUGAGAGGGAAUAUUUGGCACGAACACCGGAGGACCGCAAAGUGUACACUUACGUAGCAUAAAACAAGUGAAUUCAAUGAAAGCUAACAUCAAGUUGAGAGAAACUGAGAGCCUUGUUUUUUUUUUGUGGACUGCUAUGCGUUUGAAUGAACUUGGAAGUGCUUUCAUCAUUGAUUCUGGGAAACACUGGGAAGCUUAACUUUUCUUCCAUAAAUUGUGUAAAAAACAAAAAAAUCAUGCAAAAGAUGGGGAAGUUUUCUAGCAAUAUUAGAUUUCUUCUGCUGAGAGAAACGAAAGGAGGGGAUCUAGUUUUGUAUAAAAUCAUGUUUCUUGUGGCCUUUGGACAGAAUUGGGGUGAGCCUGUUUGCCAGUUAACUACGUGCUGCAGAGAGCGAGCGUCAACAUGUUAAAGCAAACACAUGGCUACACGGAGACCAAGAAAACAUUUGAAUUCACUCCCCCCGUUUUAAAUGUUGAUGUCAGUGUGUUAUGUUUGUGUUUUGUGGCACAAUGAUGGCUGUACAGGUGGACAGACACUCUUGGCCUUUUCCUCCCCAGAGGAUUUUAAAUUUAAAGAAGAGGACAAAGUGUUGACUGGUACAGACCUGGUUUACAACAGCAGUAAAAUACAUUUUGAGUACUUGAGAUGAGAAAACAUGAAGAGUGCUUAAUUUAUGUUGCAAUAUGUCUGUUUUUUGAGGUUGUUUUGAUGUCUGAUAUGGAUUAAGUGCAUCUCACUUAGCUGAAAUAUUUAAUGCCAUUUUCAAUAUUUUGGCCAGGUCUGUACUAGUGGUUAGAGAGAUCAAGAGCUGUAGCUUCACGGCAUGCUUUUAUUUAACGGAUCAAUCAGGGGAAUAAGACACACAUAAAAGCUCCAUAAAAGCUGUCUGGUCUCUCAUGACACAUUUUUCACUUCAGGCCUGCUGUAUGAUCGGCCCAAAAAAAAAAUCUCCUCUCUUUGAAUGGAAGGUUCCUUGUGGUGCAGGUUUCAAAGAGUUUUUUUGUUUUGUUUUGUUUUGUUUUCAUUCUCGACUGCAUUUUGAACGGGUGGAACCAGUCUAGCACCAUGUUCUAAUGUGUACAAAUUGUAAAAUAAUUAUUGUACUCACUGCGAAGGUGGAUUGUACAGGGCCUUGUUUUCAUCAUAUUAAAUGUAGAAUAAAAAAAUGAAGGGAUGGGUUUUUUUUUUCUUUUUUUAUAUCUUGCAUGAGAGGCCCUUGGCAAAUGUUAGAAAUACUUGCCUCUCUAACCAUAAUUAAAGCUCGAUGUAAAUGGUAAGCCACAGUCAAAAUCCCCAUCUUCACAAGAAGAACUCUGCAAGCCUCUGAAGUCCAUUGUUUACUACAUUAUAUUGUGAUUUAAGUGUAAGGUUUUUCUUUGGAUUUUAAUCUUCAGGAGAAAAUACACUCAGUUGAAAUGUUAA